CAAGUAUAGACAUUUUCUCAAGUGAUAAACUUUUCAUUUUAUGUGUUCAUAGGAUUGUGUGUAUCCAGUGGUGAUUAUCUGAUGUCUAGCCAUCAAUUUGCUAAUAAUAAUAAUAAUUUUAACAUGUUUAGUUCACAUAAAACACAUACUGAUUUUAUGUGAUAAUGAGUACACAUUAAUUGGCUUAUAUUGUUCAAUAAUAAUUAUUAAAUAAUCACAUAAUGCCGUCAAAAAAGUUUACAAAAAUCUGUUCAAUUUGUGGCGAAAAGGCUAUCGGUUACAACUUUUGUGCCAUUUCUUGCGAGUCUUGUAAAGCAUUUUUCCGGAGAAAUGCCACCAAAUUGGAUGAGUAUAAGUGUCCGUUUGAUGACAAAUGUAAGGUGAAUGUCGUGACCAGAAAAUUCUGCCGCAAAUGUCGACUCCGGAAGUGUUAUGCCGUCGGAAUGAAACAAGAGUAUAAGUGUCCGUUUGAUGACAAAUGUAAGGUGAAUGUCGUGACCAGAAAAUUCUGCCGCAAAUGUCGACUCCGGAAGUGUUAUGCCGUCGGAAUGAAACAAGAAUGGAUUUUGAAUGACGAGGAAAAGGAGGUCCGGAAGAAUAAGAUCGAAGAGAACCGAAAGCUGAAGGAAUUAAACGAUAAGAAGUCCACCAAAACAUACAACGAGUCGUCGAUCGCCAGCUCAUCCCCGCAGACAUCAUAUACGGACACAACGGGUGAGGACUCGACGAUCGCCGAUGUCUUCGACACGAAUACCAUCACUGAUGACGAGAUUAUCACAAAUCUCAUGGACAUCGAGACAUACAUC